GCCAUUCUCUCACUGAAAAACCAGGAACACAAUUGCCGGCAUCCGGAUAAUUUCAAGCACGAGAAUGUCUGCAGCCAGUCCCGCGGCUCACAAAUCGAAGUCGAAGACGAAAACGCGACGCAGUGCUAAAAAGCAGAACGAUGCUCCGACGCAGGAAAAUAUUAAGGCGGACGUAGCGGAGGACACCCCGCGGACCCCACCCACAGCCGAGGAGCUCGCAAGAUUGGAGGCUUUAGCCACCGUCGCCGCCGAGAAAAGCGCCCUGGAAAACGAGAGAAUGAACGACAAAGGGGUCCGGAGUCUUGCGAAGACUCUCUCCGAAUGCAAGGAGACGGCCGAUGAGAUCAAAGCUGGCGUCCAGGAGGUACUCGGGAACCGACAGACCUACGAGGCGGAAUGCAUCAAACUGGAAAAAGACAUGAGCGAGAAACUCGAAGCGCUGUCCCUGGAUGUUCAGAAAUCUGCCAAAGAAUGCACUCCGGAAGAGGCCGAAGCUGAAGUCAGAUCCUCGAUUCCGCCUUCGAUGAGCAAAGAAAAACGUUCGUCCAAGAGUGCAACACCACCACCUGUUGAGAAAGACAAAGAGCGAGCUAUCCAGGAAAAAAUAUUAGACCUCACGAAGCAGGAACCAAAGAAGCUCUCAACUGGGUCCAAAAAGAAAGGCGUGGACAGCAUUCUCAGGAGUCUGACCGAAUACGAAACAGCGGAGGAGAAGCUGAAAGCGCUGUGCGAGAUGCACUUCGAUACAUUAGAAGAGCUCAAGGAGGCCCAGAGCACGGUUGAGAAAUGGAAGAAGCAAGUCCAGGCUGGCCAAAAGGAUUGCAACCGAAUGCUAUUGGCUAGAGACAGGUUGGAAGGUCUCUGCAGAGAACUUCAAAAGCAGAACAGUGCCAUUAAAGAAGAAUCCCUGCUCCGUCGUCGGGAGGAAGACGAAAAACGGAAGCAAAUUGCCGGGAAAUUCCAAACCACGCUAACAGACAUCUCGGAACUCAUGGCCGACACCCAGGAAACCUCAUCGAAGCUCAGGGAGGACAACGCCCAACUCGCCAAUAAACUGCGGACCCUUGUUAAUCACUACGAGAACUGGGAAAAGCACAUGUCGCACAUGCUGAAGCAGAAGUCAAUCGAGAUAGAGCUCGCGAAUGCGAAGCUCCGGGAGAGCCUACUUCACCGGGAGAAGGACUCCAAGGAGGGAGAAACGUCCCAGGUCAUUAUGGAAACGACGAUCAAACAGCUUCAGCAGCAGCUGGAGGCCUCUCUGAGGAAUGAGAUUGGACUCCGCGAACAGCUCAAAAUCCACAAUGAGAAGUACGAGGAAUUUCAGGAAGCUGUCUCAAAGAGUAACAAGAUGUUCUCGGACUUCAAGGGAGAGAUCGACGCGAUGUCGAAACAGACGCGCCGGUUCGAGAAGGAAGCUCUGCAUUGGAAGCAACGAUGGACCGAAUCGAACGUCGCAACGGCACGAGUCCUUCAGGAGAAGACCAAAAGUGAUCUCAGAGUCGAAACCCUCACGAGACUCUGUCGGUCGCUGCAAGAGAAGCUCAAGUUGAAUGGUGCUGUUGUCGCGGGAAUGGAAUCAGAUUUCGCCUCGAAAGUCAUCACGGAAGAGAAAGCCAAGCUCGAAGCCGAGCUCGAACAGAAGAAGGCCGACAUCGAAGCGCAGAAGAAAGCCAUUCAAGAAAAGCAGAAAGAAAUGCAGCUAGAAAUGUUGGCCGAGGACCUGAAAGCGAAAGCCAUCGAGAAGGAGAUCGCCAAAAUCCAGGAAGAAGCCGCUGCCGGUGACGGAGCUCAAACGCAGGCGGUCCACGAGAACCCACAGCAAGAGACCGCCGAGGAGUCAUCGAGUCCGAAAGCCGAAUCCAUCGAGCCAGUGAAAGUUGGCGCGAAGAAAAAGAGCAAGAAGUGAAGGACUCCGGAGUCUAGUCGAAUGUCCCGUUGGAGCUUCGAGCUUAUGAGAUCGAGAGCCCCUGAGAAACCAGGGAACAUUCAAUCUUGUUCGAUGACUGAAAGCCUCAUGGCCACACAGAUGAUUCGCGUCUCUGGGGCACGAGGAUUUUCAUAGGCAUUCGAUCCUUCUAAUGAGCAUUGUUUGAAUCUCUCUCAUUUUAUAUAGCCUGAAACAAUCAUUGGUAUGGAAAACUACGGGCCCGUUAGUAAGGCUGAUCCGGGGCGGUCGCCUUUCAAACGACUAUCAUCGGAGCGCGGAAUCAGCCCAACCAUGGGGAUAGAUCUCCAUUCUGAAGAUCAGAAGAACAAGCGGGUAUGAACAACAUGAGUUAGCGCGAAUCACGUGCGAAAAUGUGUGACCAUCCGAAGGGAGUCGUUGCGAAUGUGCGU